AUGGGAUUCAUCACUCAGACAUUUGGGAGCACAUUUAGAACAUCGAAUACACAUACCUCUACUCAACAAACAGCUCCAACUACACGCAAGCUUCGUCCAAAAUCCAAGCACUCGAAAGACCUUACCCGCUCAGUACAGUGGGCAGCAUCCUCCACUGCAGACCAUUCUCUAGUACACGGAGCCGCUGCAUACAAGAAGCGACGUCACGCUAGCACCGAUGGAGGUUAUAUGCACCCAUACCCAGUUAUGGUGACCGAUGCUGGACAUCAAUCAUGUUCUUCAUCUGUAGGGUCUGACGAACCGCUGAUACUUCCUUCAAAUGGGAGGGGAAAACUAACCACAGGCAAUUCUUACGAGCCGAACCAGAAUCAGUCGCCGUACACUAAUAUUGGUCGGCCAUCUACUCGAUCGCAGCCUCGAUUUGAAGCCCGUCCCCCGACCACCAACCUACUUGACACCUCUGAACGCUCUGAACUCGUUCGUAGAUCCCGCAAAUUAGAGUCUAUACUUGGAGAAACCCCUCGGUUGCUUGAUAUGACUGAUGAGCAUGAUGUUGCGAAGACAUAUCGCAAAUUGGAGGAUCGUCAAGUGGGUACGUCCAACACGAUUCAAUCUCGACCCGCCUCGUCUCCUGGCGAGCGCCCGAAGUAUUGGCGAAGCCUCACCCUAGAUAACAUCUCUACUGGAUCGCCUCAAUCUCAUCGACCGGGCUCUUCAUCUCGCCACUCAUUCCGACUUGAUGAUGAAAAUACAUCUGCUACGCCACGGAGCCCUUACCAGAGGCCGGGACCAGGCCCACGGUUUAGUCGGGCUAGCUCCACCGCUCGACGUCCUCCAGUGCUACGGCUCUCAGCGACCCCGACACAUGAUGUUGGCCACCCUUACCUAGGACGCAGGCAUUCAUCAGAUCUUUCAGUUCGAAGGGAGGCUUCGUUGAAUAGCGUGGACAUGAACGUGACCUGCGAAAGCGGAUCGGACAUAUCAGCUCCCACAUGCCCGAGUUUCGAUACCAGUAGUAUCGGUUCAAGCACGAUGCCAACGUUUGCUCGUCCACGCUCUCCGACUUCUUUUUUGGAUAGCGCAUCCUUGUCUUCAAAGAUUAGCUUGAGUGACUCGGUGAUCAGUGCCAGCGUGGGCCCACCUGGCCGUUCGGUGUUGAUCAAUCAGUCGUUGCCUCCAAGUCCCACAACUCCCUUGACACCGGUUCUUACUCAGGCAGAAGAUGCACGUCGUAAAAUGCGUAAACUGGCUCGUCAUCUUGGAGAAUCUGUACCCGCCGACCUGGUCCUGGGUAUUUCCGGGGCGAGACGCGCGCGCCAUGAUCAUCUCUCAGAGGACUCAGCACCCCAAUUCCUACAAAUCCCCCCUUCAGGAUUUGCCAAGGCCAAUGCUAGUACCGGUGCACGACAGCCGUUCUGUCUCGCUAAACCUCCCAGUGGACAUCGCAAGACACGGUCGGUUUGGAAAGAGGGGAACGAUGGGAAGUCCGCAUCCUCUCGCCCAAUGGUGCGCCGGGCAUCCUCCGUGGAACAACUCCGUAUCGAAACCCCCACCCAAGCCCAGUUAAUGGGGGCGGAAAAGGCAAGGAAUGUGCAUCGCGCAGUGAAAAUGCUCCAGAUGUUCGGCGCUCCACCUCCUCAUGAACUAUACACCAAUAUCAAGUCCCGCUCAUUGGAUUUACCACCCGACUCGGUUAUAAUCAGUGUUUCGCCCGCGCCACCCACCAACCCACGCGCGUCCGUGAACAGCUUCAGAGAUUUGGCCUACAUCCUGGACCACGAUAACCGAGAUUCGCUUCUGACUUUGAUUUGUGAUACUAUGCCAAACGCUGAUUCUGGCCCCUUUAAGGAUCAAGGUGGCUCCUCUUCACAAUCGAAGGAUGUAGAAGAGUCAUUUCAAGCAAGGCGUGCUCGUGCCAACAAGUUGGCCAAGUUUUUCGGAGUUACUUACCGAGAUCUCUUUGAUGCUGUUUGCACUGAAGACACUCAGGCAACUGAAACGAACACCACUGAUGGUUUAUUCUCCCACCCUGCUCUAAGAUGCCUCCCGGAAUCUGUCCAUGAAAGCGGGGUGGUCACUAAUGAUGGAUCCAAGUGGGUCGAACCGAAGAGCGUCGAAGAAGUAUUGGAUCGGCUCCGUGCAAUGAAAGCUUCGCGCUAG